AUGACUUCAGGUGAGAGACGUCCCACAUCGGGAGAGACACGAUCGAACGACUCCGAGUCCCGUCUGUCCACGGAUGAUAGCCAGACAUACCUUGGUGGACGCCUGGGACAUGGAAGUAUCGCGAUACCACAACUGAUACAGCCUGCCCGCGCGCGCCCCUUAAAUAGGUCCAUGAAGGCAAAUUAUGUUAAGAACCAAGCUGACUCGGCCUUGAAGUCGGGGAACGCUCGGGACGCGUACAUCAAGUACACCGAGUGCCUGAAUCUAGUGCCCCAAAAGUAUGAGCAGCUACACGUUAUCUAUAGCAAUCGCUCGCUCGCGUAUGCCAAGGCAAGGAAGUUCGAGCUGGCUUUAACCGACGCAGAAAAGGCUUGUGAGCUGCAGCCAGGAUGGCACAAAGCAUGGUGGCGGAAAGCUGCGGCGCUGAAAGCCUUGAGGCGAUACAACGAGGUGAGCUGA